CGCGCGCGCCAAGACACGUAAGACUCAGACCUCUCGUAGCUCACGGGCAGCCGAGCAAUCGACAGUUUCAAUAUUGACGAGUGAAUCGUCAGACAGCGAGUAGGUAAUACGCUGAGGUCACCUGUCCGGCGAAAAACUAAAAAAAAACUCCAAAGGAGGCGAUUUUCUCGUGGUCCGCUCUCCACCCACCCCGACUGCCACCUCUGCUACUACCGUCUGAUGUUUGGUGCUGAGCACACCUGGACAUCACCGGCGUUGGGCAUCACCUGUGCUGAGCGAGGAGUCAACUCAAGCAGCAUGGACCAGUGCAUCAAGAUGUGGAAUCAGUGGACCAAAGACAUAUACCCCGAAGUGCCGCAGACUCUCCUGGAUAGCGGAGAAAGCAUGUACCAGCAUCUGACGCCCGCAGCUUUCAUAGAGCAAAUGGGGCCGGUGAUGGCGUCAGACGACCUGCUUGAACCCCUGCCGUCGUCGAGCGACACCGACAGCUGGCACCUGCUCAUGGGGGACAUGGUGGAGAUGGCGGACAUCGGGUACGUGUCGGAGUCUCCGAGCCCCACCCCGGGUUCAGAGGACAACGUUGACCCGGGAUACACCAUGCACAGCCCAGUCACCGUGGACCGGGGUCUCUUCCCCGUGAUGACGCCUUACACGGACAGCGACUCGGACUACGACCACCUGGAGCUUCACAGCAGCACGCCGUCGCCCCCGCAGACAGACACCGACGACGUUUUCGCGGCUGCCAGGAGGAAGGCCGGCAGGCCUGGCCGCCCACGCAGCGCCAACAGCCUGCAGACGACGAAAAAGCACGGCUCCAGGGGGAACCACCUCUGGGAGUUCAUCCGCGACCUCCUCCUGCAGCCCGAGCAGAACCCGGGCCUCCUCAAGUGGGAGGACAGGCGGCAGGGCGUCUUCCGCUUCGUCAAGUCCGACGCGGUCGCCCGCCUCUGGGGCAAGAAGAAGAACAACUUGUCGAUGACCUACGAGAAACUCAGCCGCGCCAUGAGGUACUACUACAAGAAGGAGAUUCUCGACCGGGUGGAUGGCCGACGUCUCGUCUACAAGUUCGGACGCAACUCGAGCGGCUGGCAGGAGGAGCGCGCGUGAUUGGUCGCCCUCCUA